AGUGGCUUCUUGCAUGUUCGAGAAAGAACAUCCAUGCAAUUGGGCUGCGUUGUAACCACAAUCCAGUAGCCUCCCCUCCCGACGUCAUAAACACUUGUCUCGCUCGAUGCUGUCGGCACCGCCUGAUCUACAAUCAGGCAUUCCUAUCCCUACAGAUCGAUCCAUCUCAACGAUACUGGCUCUGCCCAAAGGUACAAACUGAGUUUGAGCAUCUGUACAUAUAUACAUCGCCAUGCUUCUGAUCAGGUCAUCUUUUAUCCCACAAGGCAGUGAAGAGCACAGGCUCACUUGAUAUCAUGGCGGACACCAAGACCGACGACCUAUCACCAGAAGCCAGCGUUGACUUUCUGUACAGUGUGAUCGGAGUGUCACUACCGAUCCAACUACUUUUUGUCGGAGGUCGCUACUACGCCCGCCUCAAAAUACAUGGCAACCUGGGCAUCGAUGAUAGUAUUAUUGGCUUAGCUUCAAUUGCUUCGCUUGCCCUCAGUAUCAUGGGCCUCAUAGCCCAUUCUUACUCAAAUAAUGGGCAAACUCCACAAGAAUUGAAUGGUGAAUAUGCACCUCAUUAUGGGCAGCUUGCUUUCGGUUUCAAUCUCCUGUUUCCUAUUGCUUGUUCACUACCCAAGAUCUCCUUGUCAAUCACUUAUCUUCGACUCUUCCCUACCAAGUCCAAUGCGAGGUUUUGCCAUAUCAUGAUGAUCAUCGUAGCAUGUUGGUGUCUGUCAACAAUGUGCACGACCAUCUUUCAGUGCACGCCCGUUACAGCGGAAUGGAGUUUAGACCGGACAAAGACUAAGAAGUCAUGCAUUGACGUCGAAGCAGCACUUCUGGCCACCGCGGCUAUAAACACGUUCACGGACUUUGCCGUGUACAUCUGGCCUACGCGCACGCUGUGGCAUGUGCAACUACCAACCAGGCAGCGUGUAGGCCUCCUUUGCGUCUUCUGUCUCGGGUCAAUUGUCUGUAUCGCGGGCAUAGUACGCAUGUGGUACAUAGCCAGCUUCUACCAGACCGACGACCAACUCCAUCUUACCGCCAUCGUCUGGGUAGUCUCUGUUGUGCAAGCUAAUGUUGGCGUUGUUUGCGGUUGCCUCCACUCCGUCAAAGCCGUCCUUGCAACUCUCGUUCCUACCCUCUUUGCACCUACUGCUGGUGUCCAAGUCUUCUCGCGCUCAAAGCCUCCGCGUAUUCUGACCUUCCCCUUCCGCCAUAAGAAGAAUCCUAGAACUACUAAGCUCACCACCAUGAGCGACAAAGGCUUUGAUAGCUUCUCAAAAGCUAGCCGACCAAGCGACCGUGACUCGCGGCUGCCACACCGCCCUUCGACGGCUGUCACAGGCAAGGGGCCGGCGCCCGCGGACGCGAUGGGCUUUGAGGCGUGGGUGACAAGUGGGAAUCCGGAUGAGCUGGCCGUGGUGCCAGAGCAUGGGAUUGCAUGUACGACAGAGGUGGUGGUUGAUCGCGGGAGCCAGAACUCGUCGCCAACGCGCGACUCUAUCUCUAGAAGGCCAAGCGAUAGUGAAGCAGACAGUCUCGACCUGAUAUUACCGCCGAAUCCCGCGAAAUGUAAGGAUCCGAGGGCGAUGUUGGAUGUUUGACUAAGUCAAUGUUACAUGAUUGCCACAUGGGUGGCAUCGAUUUACUCCUUGUAUAACGCACACCUAGUGUCAGGGAAUGGGCUGUAUUUGUAUCAUAUAAAAGACAGUAAAGAAGUCACAUAU